AUGGGAAAAGGUGCAAAACAAGGCAUUGUCGUAGCCGGUGGUCAAGAACAAAGUCUUACACAAUUGAAUAAACCUGAAGGAGUCGUUGUCGAUCAAUUGGGUACUGUCUAUGUAACUGACUAUGGGAAUCAUCGAAUCAUGCGUUGGCCAAAAGGAGCCACACAAGGAAGUGUCAUUAUUGGGGGAAACGGUUAUGGAGCACAGUCGAAUCAACUCAGUGGUCCCGUAGGUUUAUCAUUCGAUCGACAUGGUAAUCUCUAUGUAACCGAAUUUGGAAAUGAUCGAGUACAAAAAUUUAAUAUCGAAUAA